AUGUCGGGAGGACUAGAUGUAUUGGGCUUGAAAGAAGACGAUGUCACCAAGAUGUUGGCUGCCACCACCCACUUGGGUGCGGAAAAUGUCAACUUUCAAAUGGAACAAUAUGCUUUUAAGAGAAACAGCCGCGGAUUGAACAUUUUCAAUUUGAACAAGACAUGGGAGAAACUGUUGUUAGCAGCUAGGGCUAUUGUUGCUGUUGAACAUCCAUCAGAAAUUUUCGUAAUUUCAUCUAGGCCUUAUGGACAACGUGCUGUAUUAAAGUUUGCAGCUUACACUGGUGCCACACCAAUUGCUGGUCGUUUCACUCCAGGAGCUUUUACUAAUCAGAUACAAGCUGCUUUCCGUGAACCUAGACUUCUUGUUGUAACCGAUCCAGCCACUGAUCAUCAGCCAAUCACUGAAGCUUCUUAUGUUAACAUACCAGUUAUUGCUUUAUGUAAUGCAGAUACUCCAUUAAGAUAUGUUGACAUUGCCAUUCCGUGUAAUAAUAAGUCUCCUCAUUCUAUUGGACUUAUGUGGUGGUUCUUGGCCCGUGAAGUUCUUCGUCUUAGGGGUACUAUUCCUCGUGAUGGUAAAUGGGAUGUCGUUGUUGACUUGUUCUUUUACAGAGAUCCUGAAGAUGUUGAAAAAGAAGAAGCUGCUGCCAAAGAAGCAUUGCCCGCAGCUUCAACUGUUAAGACGGUUGUUGGUAUGGAAGAAGCUUAUUCAUUAUCCAAUACAGCUGCUGACUGGAAUGAGGGUGCUGUAGCAGCUACUGCUCCACAAAAUUGGGCGGAAGAUGGAACUCCUGUGCCACCAUUGGCAGUAGCUCCAGCUACUCCAGCUCCUGCUCUUGACUGGGCGGCUGAAGAAUGGAAUGCGGCGCCAGCUACUGGUGCAGCCAAUACCAACUGGGGAGGUGGUUCUGCACCUAACUGGUCAACCUAA